GAGAUGUGGAGGGGUGUUCGUUCAGGGCCUGAACUUGGUUGACCCUCCGCAGUUUCCUCCUUGCUGUCCUGGGCCUCCAUCCUAAGGGAGGCCUUCUGCCCUCUCUCCUUAUUAUUUUAGCAUCCCUGGAUAAAGUCCUUGGGCCUCCUGCCUGAAGAUGACCUCUUGGGGCCAUCUCAGCCCCCAGAAGCGCCCUCCAAGGAUGAGGAGGGUCCCAGGAACUUUGGCUCCUUCUGAACUGAACUAUCGCGGUGUCCUGGAUCAGCUCCGGCAAGAGUUCCCCAGGUUCCCCCCUCACCUGACGGCGCAGGUGGAGAGCGUGUGCUCGGCGCUCCAGAAGAUCCGGCAGGGUCUCCAGGAGCAUCACAAGCAGGCGCCAGGGAAAUUGGAGAGAAGGACACAGACAAACCUCUGCCCUCGGGGUGACGGGAGCUUGGCAGAGAACUUCCUGCGGACCAUGGAGACCUGGAGCCGACCGCUGGGCUUCCAGCCUGGGGAGGCGAGCCUGGGCACCUCUGGGGAGCAGGCCGACCCGGACUCCUGGGGGCCGACCAGCCCGGAGGCUUCCCCACACCCAGUGGCCGAGACCCCACAGCCCUCCGGGCUCCAGGGGCCACCCUUCGAAGACGUCCUGGCUGCAAGGUCCUCAGACUGGCUCCGGCAGCCCUCUGGAGCCGACGCCGCCCCCGUCUCCCAGCCGGACACGCAGCCCCCCUGGGACCCUGAGCCCCGGUUUUGGCAGGAUGUUCUGACCGAGCAACUCUGGCAGAUCUUCGCGGGGACCCACAAGAAGGACCAGCUGCGACGCAGGACGACGACGGAGCAGGCGCCAGGCCUGGAGAGCCAGGACCCAGGACCACACGACUUGGGACUGGAACCAAGCGAAAACACUUUGGUGCCCAGCCCACCUGCGCCCUCCCCCAGCUCCCCCGAGGGCUCCCGAGAAGGGAGCGCAGAGCCAGGCCUGGACGCAGAGGGGAUGCUCUCCCCCCGUGUGGCCCAGCAGGAACCUGCUGGGAGAGCCUAUCCGUUCCUGAAGCCCAUAUGCUGGGACCCUGAGGACUUCGAGGACAUGUGCAAGAGACCAGACGCCUUGCCGGGGCAAUCCAAGAAGGCGGCCAUCCCACACGGAGCAGAGAAGAUGCGGACGCUAAAGCAUGGGGAGCCAGUGCUGGCCACAGCCGUCAGCAGCUUCACGCGACAUGCGUUCACCUGCGGCCGGGGCGGCGUCAAAGUGUGGAGCCUGGUGGGCCAGGGGCUAGAGGACCAGUAUCCUGAGAGCCACCUGCGCGUACAGACCCACCAGGCCUACCUGCGCACCUGCCUGCUGGCCCCGACCAGCACGACCCUGCUGACGGGCGGCCACAACCUGGCCAGCGUGAGCGUGUGGGACCUGACCGCGCCCUCCCUGCGUGUGAGCAACGAGCUGCCCUGUGCAGGCCUCACCUGCCAGGCCCUGGCCUUCGGCCCCGAGGACACCCUGGCCUUCGCUGGCUUCACGGACGGCACAGUCAGGAUCUGGGACCUGCGGGACCAGAGCAUUGUCAGGGACCUGCAGGGCCCCCCGAAUGGAGCCAAGAGCAUUGCUAUCAAAGACCAGAACAUCUGGACGGGGGGGCUGGACACCUGCCUGCGGUGCUGGGACCUGAGGACCCCCGGGGAGCCCCUGGAAUACCAAUUCGAGUCUCAGAUAAUGAGCCUGUCCCCCAGUCCCCAGGAGGAUUGGGUUCUGGUGGGCACAGCCAAUGGGCAACAGUGGCUGCAGCCCACCCGAGGGGGCCAGAAGCACAUGGUGGGGUGUAAGGACAGCACCAUCCUGGGUCUCAAGUUCUCUCCGCUCGGCCAGUGGUGGGUGAGCGUUGGGAUGGACGACCUGGUCAGCAUCUACGGCAUGCCCGCGGGGACCAUGGUGUUCCAGGUACCUGAGACCUCCUCCAUCCUGUGCUGUGAUGUGUCCCCCAACAACCGCCUGAUCAUCACCGGGUCCAAGGACCACGCCUCGGUGUACCAGAUCACCUACUGAGGGGCUUGGCAUGGUCAUCCUGACUCAGGAUCAUUUUUUGUUUUUGGUUUUUUUUUUUGUUCUUUUCCUCAAGGUGGAGGCUUUGUGGU